AUGGAGAAACAAUUUGGGAAGAGAUUUGAAGGGAAGGUUGCGAUUAUCACGGCUUCGACUCAGGGCAUCGGCUUCAGCAUCGCUGAGCGUCUCGGCUUGGAAGGAGCCUCUGUUGUCGUCUCCUCUCGCAAACAGAAUUUAGACAUUAACUCUGUUAUUAACCCAACGUCGUUCCCAAAAGUCCCGGAGGUUAGAGUUCAUAACUAA